AUGCUCACUCAACGCGACGAAAACAACGCGGUCGACGUGAUGCCGAUGCUCAAAAAACCUAGAUUCUCGGUAUGUGUUUUUUAUACUUUUUUCAGGAAUUUUAAAGAUGUUUUCCAGAGCCUUUCGGGUCAAGCGACUAAUGUUACCUAUCAAGAGCACACGAUUAGUCGCGAUGAGCGGGCGACCGCGAUCGGAAGACACGGUGGAUUCCGCGGGUGUACCAUCUGGUUCACGGGACUCUCCGGAGCCGGAAAGACCACCAUCUCGUUCGCGUUGGAGCGCACUUUGAACAAGGUUAGAUUGAUGGGAAAAUAAGUGUUUUUAUCAAAAUUCCAUUAUUUCAGCUCGGAAUCCCGUGCUACGGCCUCGAUGGAGACAACAUCCGCCACGGAUUGUGCAAGAACCUCGGAUUCUCGAAGGAAGACCGUCAGGAGAACAUCCGUCGUGUCGCCGAAGUGGCCAAACUGUUCGCCGAUUCCGGAAUGAUCUGUCUCGCCGCUUUCAUCUCCCCAUUCCAGGAGGAUCGCCUCGAGGCGCGCAAGAUUCACGAUUCGGAGAAUGUGAAGUUCGUGGAAGUCCACGUCAACACCAGUUUGGAGGUGUGCGAACAACGUGAUCCGAAACGUAAGUGCCGAAAGUUUGCAGGCUUUCUGAUUCCCAACAAGUUGCAGAACUGUACAAGAAGGCGCGUGCCGGCGAGAUUCGCGGAUUCACCGGAAUCGACAGCGCGUACGAGCCGCCGGAGAAGGCUGAAAUCGUGUUGGACGCCGGAAAGAGCGGAGUGCACCAGUGCGUUCAGCAAGUGCUCGACUAUCUCGAAUCGAUCGAAGUGCUCCCGGAGCAAGUGCCAGAAGUGCCGCCGGUUAGGGAACUGUUCGUGGAGGACGAGGCUCAGCUCGCGGAGCUGCUCAAGGAGAGCCAGGAGCUUCCGAGUGUGGAGCUCGACAAAGUUGACCUCCAAUGGCUCCAGGUUCUCGCGGAGGGAUGGGCGACUCCGUUGACUGGAUUCAUGCGAGAGAGACAAUAUCUGCAGUGCAUGCACUUCGGACAACUUCUCGAUUUGAAGCACAAGGUGGCAUUUGUGGGAGAGAAAGACGAUGGAAAGGAGGAUACGUGGCCAUUGAUGGAAGAGAUCAACCAAUCGGUUCCUAUCGUGCUCCCGAUAGGAGAGGAAAUCAAGAAGGCGUUGGAAGGCGUCUCCAGAAUCGCUUUGAAGUACAACGGAAAAGUCUACGCUGUGCUCUCGGAGCCCGAAAUCUUCGAGCACAGAAAGGAGGAGAGAGUUUGCAGACAGUUCGGAACCAACGAUGUCCGUCAUCCGGCUGUCGCUCAAGUCUUGGAAUCCGGAGACUGGCUUCUCGGCGGCGAUGUCCAGGUUCUUCAGAAGAUUGUCUUCGACGACGGACUCGACAAGUACCGCAAGACUCCGAAUGAGCUCCGUUCGAUUUUUGCGGCAAAGAGAGCCGACGCCGUGUUCGCCUUCCAACUCCGCAAUCCGAUUCACAACGGACACGCUCUUCUGAUGCGGGACACCCGCGAGAAGCUGCUCGCCGAGCACAAGAACCCAAUUCUUCUGCUUCAUCCGUUGGGCGGAUGGACAAAGGACGACGACGUGCCGUUGGAGACCAGAAUCCGUCAGCACGAGGCUGUGAUUGCGGAGGGCGUUCUCGAUCCAGAAUGGACGGUUCUCUCGAUUUUCCCGUCGCCAAUGAUGUACGCGGGACCGACGGAAGUUCAGUGGCACGCGAGGCAUGAAUUGACAACUUGUCAAUGAGACAAGGUUCACAAAGAAGCGACUGACCAAUUCUUCAUUCCAGAUCGCGUAUCGCCGCCGGAAUUCAGCACUACAUUGUCGGACGUGACCCCGCCGGAAUCCAGAAGCCUGGAAGCCCAGACGCCCUCUACGAAACGACGCACGGCGCCAAAGUUCUCUCGAUGGCUCCUGGACUCUCGGCGCUCCGAAUCCUUCCGUUCCGCGUGGCCGCCUACGAUAAGACAGCCAAGAAAAUGACUUUCUUCGAUCCGUCCCGAAAAGAAGACUUUGAGAACAUAAGUGGGACCAAAAUGCGCGGAUUGGCUAGGUGAGACUACAAAAUCCUUCAAUUUUACAAGAUUAUUGUCAGAAAUGGCGAAACUCCACCAGAAGGAUUCAUGGCUCCGUCGGCGUGGGAAGUGCUCGCUGGCUACUACAAAUCAUUGCAAAACUCUUCUUAG